UUUUUUUUUUUAUGGCACGAACUCUGUUUAUUGGCUUAUGUAUGCCUAUUCUUGUCUUUUCUAUUUUAUCUUAUACAGUUUAUUAUUAUGUGCAGUUCCAAACAAAAGAAGGCAUAGAUUACAAGACAGUAUUUGCAUUGUAUCUUUAUGCUAUGAGUUUAAUUUCUUAUUCAAUCAUUAUGAUAAAAACUCCAAGCCCUGUGCCUUCUUGGUCUAAAAGCCAUAGUAUGUCAUUAUGUAAUGAAAAAGGUGGACCUCUGUACUGUAAUCGCUGCAAUAUAAUAAAGCCAGAAAGAACACAUCAUUGUAGUGAAUGCGAUCAAUGUGCGCCCAAAAUGGAUCACCAUUGUUUAUGGAUAAACGGUUGUGUAGACCAAGGCAAUUACAAGCAGUUUUUUCUGUUUGUGUUUUAUGUAGCUGCAUAUGCAUUGUGGGUCGAAUUCAAUACACUACCUAUCUUGCUUAACAUGGUAAAAGACAGAAUUCCUGGUGGAAGAUUUACUUGGAGCUUCUGUUUCAAGGUGUACAAAACCUAUUUGAGCUCAAUCUAUUACUUUUGGAGAAACAUAGUCAUGAUGGUUUGGUAUAGAACAUGGAUCCCUUUAUUAUCUGGCGUUGAAGGGCUUGGAUUGGACGACAUAAGUCCACAUUGGUACAGUGUGUGUGCAUUAGGAUGUGUGUUUGGCUUGACUGUAUCUGGAUUUGCAUUAGCCCAUUUCUGCUUUAUUAUCAAGAACAAGACAAGUAUUGAAUUUGCUGCGAACCGACCUAUUUUCGUUCGAGUUGAUUUUGAUCAGACAGGGGAAAACUAUAGAGUAGUCUGCAUAAAAGAGAAAAAAGAUUUUAAAAACAUGUAUGAUGUAGGCAUGUAUCAAAACUGGUGUUCUGUGAUGGGAUCAAAGCCAUUGCUUUGGCUAGUUCCUUUCAAUUCGGCCUCUUUAACGAAUGAAUCUAGUUUUGCCUACAACCCUGCUUUUACUGCUCAUGUUUUGAAACUGGCUAAUUGAUAUGUACCAGAAAGUGAAGUCGCUGGUUUUGAAUUUGGUGUCAUGCAAAGAAAUCGGUGUGUUCAACAAUAAUUGUUAGAUGGUCCGAAAAUAAAGAGUUGUGUCCUAGAUUAGGGUAUGAAAAGAAAAGUAUUACAGCCCAUUGUGCAAAUCUGGAUGUGAAAAGAAAACUGCCAAUUGGCCAAAGCACUUUUUUUUUUUCUCACAUCUUGUUCUCUCU